UCUCAUGCAUUUGCAGCUUUAUGCAUCUGAAAAUGAAAUCUGUGUGCUCUAUCGAGUAUGAGAUAUCCAUUUAGCCUUAUUUUAUGUGAUUUUCUACGAGUAAUCGGACCUAUAGACUGAUCAACCUCACCGUUAACUUAACCUGGAGUCUCUUUGGGUUUAACUGUUUCUGAAGCCCAUGAAGGUACUAUAUACCAGUGCGCCACCAGGCCGCGCCACUGGGAGCGUGGAUGUGCUCUCCCACAUUUGUUUUUACAGCUCUGACGUCAGCAACCUGCAACUGAACGAAUGAACUAACGGAGCACCGAGCCCCUACCGGAGCUACCGGGAGGCAGUAGUGUUACAGAGCGAGUCCCCGCCGCCGCCCGCCCCGGAGGAGCCAAACGGAAGAACCGAGCAAUGCGCACCGCCGCCCAGUAACGCAGAAUAGACGAGUGGAGAAGAAGAAGAAGAAGAAGAAGAAGUAGGGAACCGUUAUCGUGAUUUACUAACGGAGGAAAAAAGAGACUAGAAAGACACGGACAACUGACGGACCAGCUCCAAGACCACGCGUGAGAAGCGACCAGCUGCGGAGAUUUUAUCGUCUCGGUGUUGCGCUGUGGAUCAAACCGAGCGGAUCCCUGAUUUCAAUGCUUUAACGGUGCUUCUACCCGGCUGCCCAGAAAGAAACAGAGGGAUCGUAGAGGGAUCGAAGCUUGAGCAGAGAAAAGGGGGGCAAUAAACCAGCGAAGGAAAGAAAAAGGAUUUGCGGUUGAAGUUUCAUUCAUUCGUCUAAUUAUUGCGCUUUCUUCCGUGGAUCCCGGUACCGAUACUCUAUCAAGCUGUGUUCUCUGACCAUGGGAUGUACUCUGAGCGCAGAGGAGAGGGCGGCUCUGGACCGGAGCAAAGCCAUCGAGAAAAACCUGAAGGAGGACGGCCUCACCGCGGCCAAAGAUGUUAAACUGCUGCUGCUCGGGGCCGGAGAGUCAGGGAAAAGCACCAUCGUCAAACAGAUGAAGAUCAUCCACGAAGACGGUUUCUCCGGCGAUGACGUAAAGCAGUACAAGCCCGUUGUUUACAGCAACACCAUCCAAUCUUUGGCCGCCAUCGUCCGCGCCAUGGACACGCUGGGCCUGGAGUAUGGAGACAAAGAGCGCAAGGCGGAUGCGAAGAUGGUGUGCGAUGUGGUCAGUCGUAUGGAGGACACGGAGCCUUACUCUGCUGAGCUGCUCUCCGCCAUGAUGCGUCUGUGGUCUGACUCGGGCAUCCAGGAGUGCUUCAGCCGCGCCCGAGAGUACCAGCUCAACGAUUCAGCGCAGUACUACCUAGACAGCCUAGAUCGAAUUGGUGCGGCAGACUACCAGCCCACAGAGCAGGACAUCCUGAGGACCCGAGUGAAGACCACAGGCAUCGUCGAGACACACUUUACCUUCAAAAACCUUCAUUUCAGGCUGUUUGAUGUGGGAGGUCAAAGGUCAGAGAGGAAGAAGUGGAUUCAUUGUUUUGAGGAUGUCACAGCCAUCAUUUUCUGUGUGGCGCUCAGCGGAUAUGACCAGGUGCUGCAUGAGGACGAGACCACGAACCGCAUGCACGAGUCUCUCAAGCUGUUCGAUUCCAUCUGUAACAACAAGUGGUUUGAGGAAACCUCCAUCAUCCUCUUCCUGAACAAGAAGGACCUCUUUGAAACCAAGAUCAGCAAGUCGCCGCUGUCCAUCUGUUUCCCCGAGUACACUGGUGUAAACACUUACACAGAGGGACUGGGAUACAUCAAGUCUCAAUAUGAGAGCAAGAACAAGUCACCCAAGAAAGAAGUGUACUCCCACGUGACCUGUGCUACGGACACCAACAACAUCCAGUUUGUCUUUGACGCCGUCACUGACGUCAUCAUAGCUAAUAACCUCAAAGGGUGUGGCCUGUACUGAUGAUGCUAUUAAACUUUGGCCAAUGGAUGCUGGGUGUUUGACUUGUAUGUGAGAGAGUCGGUCAAAUGUGGGAUCUGAGCUGUUCUCAUUUCUCAUACUGGCCAAAUUUGAAUUAACUGGUUGGUUUUUGGUGGUUGGUUGGCUGAGACAUCUUAUCUUUUUCAAUCCUAAUUAAGAACCGUUCAUUUUAAUCGUACCUUCUGUCUAAAGUCUGUUCUCGCUGUGCUACAGAUAUUUUGCACAAUACCUAAGCUGAGAAGCAGAACGAGAGACCAGCUGAGCCGAACACAGUGUACUGAGUCACUCGUCUACCAGAUGUAUUUACUUUUUUCCCUUUGAUUUCAAUUUGUGUAUUCAUACUUUUCUAUCAUAAAUUUGUCCCUUAUACCAAAAGUCGACGCAAACAUGCGUAUGAUUAGUCUUAGUGGGGGUCAAGUUUAGCCAACUCAAAGCUUCAAUCAAAACUGACUUUAUUGCAGGCAUUUUAAGUACUAAGUAUUAAUUUCAGAGCUGUUAAGUCAAUGAAAAUAAUUGUAUGAUAUUUUCAGAGUAGUAGAGUAUUUGUGCCCACUAAGAAGCUGAGGGGGGAGUUACAGCAACACUGUUGUGAAAUGCAAAUGAUAAAAAUAAUAAUCUAUAAUGAAUUUUGUAUGUUUUAUUUGAAUGGGAUUGCCACUUUUACACGUAAAGUUCCCAUAGUGAAAAACAGAGUACACCCUGGUCACUAGUGGGUGGUCCACAGGGACACUGCAGACAGACAGACACUCCUGCUGGAUGCUUAUUUGUGCUGUGAACUUUUAUCCUCGUCAUCCUCACAUUAAAGGUCCACUCUGUGGACUUUUUAAAAUAAAAUCGUGUCAUUCUAAAGAGUCGGGCCGUGAGAACAUAGCACGAAAUCUUACUGCUGUGCAUUUCAUCCAGGAUGAAACUUUUUAGGCCCGUGUAGAUUUCAGUAAACCUCCUGAUAGUUUCCCCUUUUGAUUGGAUCUAAUUUCAUAGUGUAAAUGAGUGCAUAAAGAGGAUGUUGUUGCUUGAGCCACGCCACUGUCAUCGUUAAUCCCUGCAGACGUCAUUCCCAGCAGCAGGCUGAUCUUGCUUCUUGCAUGGGACUCCUUAAAAUCAAUUCAAACAAAGAGCCACAGAAGCUUGUGCCGUUUCCGCCUGGAUAAUGCAUCAGCAGAAGUAUUGAUUUUAAAGGGCACUGGCACUGCAUCCACUGUGUCAGGCUGCACCGUGCAAUAUCCCUGCUGUCCUCCAUUCCACCUUAAAAAACCAGAGGUGAGCUUUGAAAGAUUACAGACUGAUGUGUUUGUCCUCUGGGACAGGAACGCAGAGUCUGUGACUACGAUUGUAUCCACGCUGUUCUCCUUUUUGCCGAUCGAGUAGCUCGACGUCUGUUUGGAAUUGAUCAUAAAAUGAACAGAGAAGUGACGGGCGCUGUCAGACCCCGCUUAGAGAGAGCAAUACGGGAGCUACGUCAUUAGUUCCUCCGUGUAGCCACAGUUGACAUCGUCAAACUAAGCCGAGCGCGCUCCCCACCAAACAGAGUCAUCUUUAUGUAUGAGAAGGGCAUUCGCUUUAUUCCACUUUUCCAUCCACGCAUAAACAACCAGAUGUGCUCCCUCUGCUCAGAGCUGCCAUUUUUGGAGCACAGGUAGAUGUCAUCAUCGGCCCGUCCGACCACAUCUGUGCCAAAUUUGGUAAUUAGAAACAGAGCGCUCCCUGAGGCUGUCGUUCAGCCUGCAUGCUGUGUGCCGUGUACUGAUGUGUCUUUUGUGUGUUCAUGUUUUCAGAUUGUAUAUAGUUACCUAUGUGUGUCUGUUGAUAGUACAGAAAAGGUCACAGUGUGUGUGUGUGUGUGUGUGUGUGUGUGUGUUCAUGAACGUGUGUGUGUUGUGUAAGAGACAACAUCAGCCCAUGGGUGCUGCGGUGGAGGCAGCAUCUGUGGAUUAAUUACCCAGAGGGCACCUAUCUACCCUUUCAGCACAGACAGGCCUCAGACACACAAACACACUCACGGGGCUUCAAAAUGUCACAACACCUUAGUUGCCAAAUAAUACUGCAGUUUCCAGCCAAAGAGGUUCACACGGCCACACAACAAGCCGCUGCCACGACUGCUACAGGCGUUGUCUGCUCUGACUGAUCUGUUACAUGUAGAGAAAGGAAAACGGUCUCUCUGCGUUCUGUGUGAGCCUCUCCUUAGUUUUCACUCUCAGUAGCUUCAUUCAUUCGCUACACUUUGCAUGAAGCUUCUGUUCUUUCCAAACACAAAGUGUUUAGUGUUGACAUGCUGAAAUCGGUGCUUAAUCCCAUCGAUCCAAAAAUCAAAGUUCGUCUAUAAAUUUGGAUUUUUUUGUUAAACCGUGGAAUGAUCGCGUACAGAGUUCAAACACGAUCCUUUCCCUCCCCGUCUAUGCAGUGCAGAGGUUAGUAUCAUUGCAAUCACACAUUGCACUCGUAAUAAAGCCAAAUCUCCUUUUGCCUAAAUGAUUUUUCUCUGUGUGAUACGCGUAGGAGCACAACUGUGCGUCUGAUGCAACAGAUACACUCUGUUUAGUCACUCCACAUCCACGCUGCGCUGACGACUGCUGCUCUGCAAAGGUGUUGCUUGUGCUGUGCCUCCUGGUAGCCGUUAACAUGCAGAUGAAAGGAAACCGUUACGUUUGUGCUGCCGUUGGGCUGACGGUGACAGGACAGUGUUGGAGCUUUGUCUUGCAACGUUAACCUGAGGCACCGCACGGACCUACAGGGAUUCAGGCUGUUAAAUUGGUUAGAGUGAUCUCAGAUCAGUGUGUGACUAAUUUUAUUCACAGAACACAACACUUGAAUUUUACUGAUGAACAUACGCUAAAAACAGCAGCUAAUAGAAAAUUUACUGAAUUGAGCAGAAACAUAUUUUUUCAUAAACAGUUCAGUCGAGGUGAUGGUGUACAUGAUGAGAGGUGAAAAGACCAAAGUCAGUCUGUUACGCAAUUAAAAAUGUGAAAGCCUCAUUUUUUAGUGGAGGUGAACAGUGUAAGUGCUCUGCUUCACCUACAGUGUUUACAGUUCAGUCUCGUAUGUUCAUGACACGGAGCAGGCGCCCGGGAUGAGAAACGUGCGGCCCUUCACAUUAUUACCUUUUAGACCUCGUCGUUGUUUCUGCUUCAGGCGAGCUGUAACACAAUUAGUGGUUUAGAACCAAUCCCAAAUAACAGAAGACAACUGCAACAGUAGGCGAGGUCAAGAGGACAAGAGGAGGACAAGGAAGUAGCAAAUACUUCAUAUUAAUGGCAAAUACUUCAUUCCUAUAGGCUGCGCUGAAGGACACAUUUGUGGGUCGUUUGUUUGCAUUGUUGUGCUGUGUGGAUAACACAAUCAGUGGCCUAUUCAGCUUGGAGAGCUGGGGACAGCAGCGUGGGUGUGCUUCUGGGCAGCAGGUGGUGUCACAAAAGAAAUGUUAGCACCUUUUGCCAUGUCAUUGCCACAGCAGCACAAAAAGCUGUUGAAAUGUCACAAUGGCAGCCAAACCGAAGUGUCAAAUCUUUCCCGUGUUAGGUUUAAAUGAGCUCUGUGGUGUGUUUUUGCUGACUUAUUUGUAAUUUGGAUUUAGAAACAGGGUUUUGCUUGCAACCUUUUAACAUUCAGUCCUUGCUAAACCUCAGCAGCUGAUGUAAUGUGCACUCAGGCCUCUGCGGAGGUCCCUGCCAUGCUGCUGAGCUGGGAGAGAUGUCAGCGAGCUGGGGGACAUGACUGUAAUGAGCCAUGAUAGAAUCAGGUAGAGUUUAUGUCACUGCACAUCGGCAUCCUUGCACUCGCCGUGCUCUCGCUGCUUUAACCUUCCAGUCUCCGUUCAACCAACAUGCUGGUACCAACCAACACUCACUGUACUGUACAAGUCGCCACAUCUACAAAGCUGUUAUCUGUGCGUGUGUGAGUUUGUAUGAGCGUGUGCUUGCGCGUGCGUGUGAAUGCUGCAUUUUAUCCAUCACUGUGCAUAAAAUGCAUCUGCUGUAACUCCCUCACUGUUGUCAUAAUUUAUUGGAUGUUGUAUUUAUACAUGAGACAAAGACAAUAAAGCAUCACAUGAGUAACUUGA